UCCGAGGGAGAGACACACGCAUACAGUGACGGCAAAUUGAGUUCACUUGUAGCUUUACUGUGAAACUGAGCAGUGCGAAUUUCAAGGAUGGAAUACAAGGAUGACAAUUACGAUGAGUACUAUUAUGACGAGAAUGCAACAGGGUGCGAUUAUUCUGAAUGGGAGCCUUCUUAUUCUCUCAUCCCUGUGCUUUACAUGCUGAUUUUCAUUCUGGGACUUUCUGGCAACGGGGUAGUCAUCUUUACAGUGUGGCAGUCCAAAUCGAAGCGCAGGGCUGCAGACAUAUACAUCGGCAACCUGGCUCUGGCAGACCUGGCUUUUGUAGCCACCCUUCCACUCUGGGCUGUUUACACAGCCCUGAGCUACCACUGGCCGUUCGGGGUGGUCCUGUGCAAGAUCAGCAGCUACCUGGUGCUGGUCAACAUGUACGCCAGUGUGUUCUGCUUGACCUGCCUCAGCUUCGACCGCUACCUGGCCAUCGUCCACUCCCUGUCCAGCAGCCGACUGCGAUCCCGGGGGACCAUGCUGGCAUCGCUGCUGAUCAUCUGGAUGCUGUCAGGGCUGCUGGCAAUGCCCACCCUGCUCUUCAGGACCACCGUCUUUGACAACCUGACCAACAAGACCACCUGUGCCAUGGACUUCAGCCUGGUGUCCCACGAGCGGCACGAGUCCCUGUGGAUCGCAGGGCUCAGCCUCUCCUCCUCCCUGCUGGGCUUCCUCCUUCCCUUCCUUCUCAUGAUCGUCUUCUACUGCUUCAUCGGCACCACCGUCACCCAGCACUUCCAGAACCUGCGCAAGGACGACCAGAAGAAGCGACGGCUGCUCAAGAUCAUCACAACCCUGGUGGUGGUCUUCGCCCUCUGCUGGACCCCCUUCCACGUGCUCAAGAGCGUCGACGCGUUGGCCUACCUGAACCUGGUGCCCGAUUCCUGCGGCUUUAUGCGCUUCAUCCUGCUCGCCCACCCUUAUGCCACCUGCCUGGCGUACGUCAACAGCUGCCUCAAUCCGUUCCUCUACGCCUUCUUUGACCUGCGCUUUCGUUCGCAGUGCCUAUGUCUGCUGAACCUCAAGAAGGCAAUUCACGGCCAGAGGAGCUCCCUCUCAUCCACUAUGAGCGCACAGACCCAGAAAUCAGAAGUUCAGUCACUGGCAACUAAGGUGUAGAGCUGGGAGAGAGACUAUAAAGACUAUGCCAGAACUGAGAAUCCCAGGACAAGAAAAAGACUGAACUCCUGAGGAUAAAUGCAGUUUUUAAAUUUUGAAAUUCCAAACUGGGACAGCUGGCUGACUCAGGGUUAUAUCAACCUGAAUUAAAAAAAAAAAAAAGAGGCUAUUCUUCUAUGUGAAGAUUUGCCUGUUAUUAAUUGCAGGCAUGCCAGCCGAGUGUUGGCGAGCUUAUUGUAACAACCGGGUCAUUUUGAAAAAUGCAAAAAAAAAAAUAUAUAUAUAUAUUUUGAUAUUUUUUUGUAUUUUUUUUUAGCACUUGUGUAAAAAAAGACUAUUAACCCAUUCUUAAUAUUUCUUAUCUGUGCUAAGCCACUAAGAGAGAGGAAGAUGGGGCUGCGUAAUUAGAGGGAAGGUAUUUUGAUUUCAUUCAAUUAGGGAAUAGGGAGUGAUUUGGCAGCUGCCAGCUACCAAGUGCUGCUGGGGAGGUGGGUACCUGUUAUGAUGGGGCAGCUUGGAAGUGCUGAAUGUAUGCACUGCUAAUGUAUGGCUUUAAAUGGAAGAUGAUAUCUUUCUUAGUAGGGAGAUGGUCAGUCUUGCAAAGAAAAGUUUUGCUGUGAAUGCCUCAAAAAUGGGGAUGUUUUUGGUGUAACUAACUACUGUAUCUG